GGCUCGCUCACUCGCACCACCCCGGUCGCGGCCGUUACUGGUGGCGCGCGCGGGGACUCAAAGUAGAUUAUGGAGGACACACAGGUUAUCAACUGGGACAUUGAAGAAGAGGAGGAGACAGAACAAUCCAGUGAAUCCUUGGAGUACAGCUUGGAGCCUGUAGGGCGGCUGCGUAUCUUCAGUGGUGCCCAUGGACCAGAAAAAGAUUUCCCACUACACGUCGGGAAGAAUGUGGUAGGCCGAAUGCCUGACUGUUCUGUGCCCCUACCCUUUCCAUCCAUCUCCAAACAACAUGCAGUGAUUGAAAUCUUGGCCUGGGACAAGGCACCUAUCCUCCGAGAUUGUGGAAGCCUCAAUGGUACUCAAAUCCUGAGGCCUCCUAAGGUUCUGAGCCCUGGGGUGAGUUAUCGUCUGAGGGACCAGGAAUUGAUUCUCUUUGCUGACUUGCCCUGCCAGUACCAUCGCUUGGAUGUGCCCCUGCCCUUUGUCUCUCGGGGUCCUCUAACUGUAGAGGAGACACCCAGGGUACAGGGAGGAACUCAACCUCAGAGGCUUCUGUUGGCUGAAGACUCGGAGGAGGAAGUAGAGUCCCUUUCUGAAAGAUGUGUGAUGAAAGAAUCAAGGACCACAUCCUCCCCUUUGUCAACAGUAGUUCCAGAGAGUGAUGAAGAGGGGCCUUCCCCUGGCCCAGGUGGCCCUGGGCCACAUUGUGCCUUCAACUUGGACAGUGACACAGAUGAGGAGGAAGGUCAGCAAACAGCAACAGGGGAGGCCUCCUCCGCUGCCAGAAGAGGUGCCGCUGCAGAGGCAGAGCAACCUGCAGCUGAUGGAGUUGCAACCAAAAUCCAGUGUGAAAAGGAUCAGCCUUCAGUGAAAGAGAGGGACAAUGACACAAAAAUCAAGAAGGAUGGAGGAAAUGGGGUGGUCCCAGUUAGGGUGAUUCUGGAGAGGAGCCAACCUCCUGGGGAGGACAGUGACACAGAUAGGGAUGAUGAGAGCAGGCCUCCUGGAAGGUCAGCUGAGGUCCAUUUGGAAAGGGCCCAGCCUUGUGGCAUUAUCGAUAGUGAUACUGAUGUGGAAGAAGAGGGAAUCCCAGCAACCCCAGCUGUAGUUCCUAUGAAGAAGAGGCAAAUAUUCCAUGGAGCUGGUACAAGGGGUCCUGGAGCACCUGGCUUGGCACAUCUGCAGGAGAGCCAGGCUGACAGUGAUACAGAUAUGGAGGAGAGCGAGGCCCCACAGGCCAUCCCUUUGGAGAAAAGCCAGACUUCCAUGCUGAUCAACAGUGAUACAGAUGAUGAGGAAGAAGUCUCAGCAGCACUCACUUUGGCACGUCUGAAAGAGAGCCAGGCUGUUGUAUGGAACAGAGUUAUGGAUGUGGAAGAGGACAGGGCCCAACCUGUGGUCCUUCUGGAGCAAACUGCCAGUGGGAGAGACAGUGACACAGAUGUGGAAGAGGGAGGGCUCCCAGUAGAAAAGAGAGAAACCGUCCCUGAGGGUCACACAGACAAAGAUGGAACCAUUGUUAUAGCACAUUCAGAAGAGAACCAACCUCCUCCUGGGGACAGUGAUAUAGGUGUAGAAGCAGAUAAGAGUUCACCUGGGAUCCACCCGGAGAGAAGCCAAGCCUCCAGCACGGUGGACAUCAACACAGAAGGGGAGGAGGAUGUCCCACCAGGGCCAGCUGUUGUACAUCUGGAGAAGCAUCAGGUGUCUGUGGAGGGGACAUAUCAAACAGAUGUGGAAGCAGAGAGGGGGCCAGCAAAGCUGCCUGUGGUGCCUCUAGAGGAAGGCCAGCCUCCUCUGGAUGAGGACUGUGAGACAGAUGUAGAGGAGGGCAUGUCCUUAGCAGCCUCGGCAGCAACAGAUAUAAGAAAGAGCCGGCUUCCAGCAGAAGGGGAUGCUGGGACAGAGCGGGCUGCAGCUGUUCUUGAGAGGGAGAGAGCUCUUGAGGUGGGGGUCCAGGGUGGGUCACCUGUGGCACAAGUGGAGCAGGACCUUCUCCCUAUCUCAGUGGAGAAUCUCACAGAUCCUGUGGUGGACACAGGCACUCCAGAGGAACCCAGGCAGCCACAGAGAGAGGGAGCCCAGACCCCUGCAGGAAGAGAGAGAGAACCACAUGUGGGCAUGACCAAGGACUCUGAAGACAACCAAGAUGAUUCUGAAGAUCUGGCCCUACAGGCUACCCAGUGCUUUGUGGAGAGAGAGACUGAGAGCCUGGAAGCAGUCCAGAGCAUGGAGGAUGAACCCACCCAGGCCUUCCUGAUUACUCUCCCCCCAGAGCCUGGCCCUUCCCAUUGCAGCUUCCAGGCCCCAGGUGCCCUAGAUGAGCCAUGGGAGGUCCUGGCUACACAGCCAUUCUGCCUGAGAGAGUCUGAGGCCUCUGAGACCCAGCCUAUUGCCACCUACCUCAAGGCCCAUGGAUCUUGCCUGUCUCCACCUAGGGCAACAUCACAAGACCAUCAUCCAGAGAGCCCGGUUCACACAGAGCCACUGGGGAUUCAAGGCAAAGGGAUGCAGACUGUGGAUAAAGGCAUGGGUAUACCAAAAGAAAUAGCUGAGAGAGGGACCCCUGAGAAAGGACCAUUGGAGAGGGAAACCAAGAAACUGCAUCCAAGGGGAGAGAGAGAUGUGGUGGGAACGGAAGAAUUAACCAGGGAGAUACAGGACAGAGAACAAAAACAGCUGUUAGCUAGAGACACUCAGAGACAAGAGUCUGACAAAAAGGUGAAAAGUACAAGUCCUGAAAUGGAUGGGGACAGUUUGAAGGUAGAAGUUGAGUCAUCCAAGGAAAUGCAGCAGAAAGAAAUAGAGAAGCAGACCCUUAUAAGAGGAAUAUUUGAGAAAGUAGAGAGCCCAGUACCAGAGGGAGAGUGUGAGCCAGCUGGGCUGGAAGUGAGGGGCCCCACAGUGAUGCUGAACAGAGGCACACAGAGAGGGGGCCCAGAAGGCGGGAACCAGGACCAGAAAGGGCAGGCCUCCUGCCCAACACCAGAGCCUGGAGUGGGGAUAGGGCACCUUCAGGCACCUGCUUCAGCCCCGGUAGCUUCUGGGAGGCAGUCAAGUGGAGAAAGGGGAGCCCAAGUGAACCCCAAGAGGCAGCAGAGAGGUCAACUGAAUUGCAAGACGCCACCUGCUGAGAAGGCUUCCAGGGAAAAUCAAGAAUCCCCAGAUGCUUGUCUGCCUCCUACAGUGCCUGAAGCCUCAACCCCACCCCAAGACCCUCUUCUCUCCCAGAGCCAAAGCCAUGUUGCACCUCAGUCCCUUCUUUCUGCCUUCCUACCUUCUCUUGAGCCAUCCAUUCCUAAAACCAGGCAAAACAGGAGUCAGGAAGCUUCAGAGACUCCCUCGUCCUCAGAGCUGGAACAUUUCCACCGAAAGCCUAAAGUCAGACCCCAGGGGUCUUCCAGGAUGACACCCUCUCCAGUUUCCUCUACUGCCCAUGAGCCCCACCCUACCACCCCCACAGCCCAGCCUGUCACCCCCGAGCCCACAUCUCGCACCACUCGGGGCAGGACAAAUAGGUCCUCUCUCAAGACACCUGACCCAAUUGUCUUUAUAGCUCCUGAGCUCCAGCCUCCCACUUCCACAGCCCAGCCUGUCACCCCAAAACCCACAUCUCGAGCCACUCGGGGCAGGACAAAUAGGUCCUCUGUCAAGACCCCUGACUCAGUUGUCCCCACAGCCCUUGAGCUUCAGCCUUCCACCUCCACAGCCCAGCCUGUCACCCCCGAGCCCACAUCUCGGGCCACUCGGGGCAGGACAAAUAGGUCCUCUGUCAAGACCCCUGACCCAAUUGUCCCCACAACCCCUGAGCUCCAGCCUUCUAGCUCCACAGUCCAACCUGUCACCCCAAAGCCCACAUCUUGGGCCACUAGGGGCAGAACAAAUACAUCCUCUGUUAAGGGUCCCGAACCAGUUGUCCCCACAGCCCCUGAGCUACAGCCUUCCACUUCCAUAGACCAGCCCGUCACCCCAAAGCGCACAUCUCGGGCCACUCGGGGCAGGACAAAUAGGUCCUCUGUCAAGACCCCUGACCCAAUUGUCCCCACAACCCCUGAGCUCCAGCCUUCUGCCUCCACAGCCCAGCCUGUCACCCCAAAGCCCACAUCUUGGGCCACUAAGGGCAGGACUCAUAGGUCCUCUGUCAAGACUUCCAAACUAGUUGAACCCACAACCUCUGAUCUUGAGCUUCCCACUCCCACAGACCAACAUGUCACCCCCGAGGCCAUAGUUCAGGGUGGUCAGAGCAAGACACUAAGGUCUUCCACAAUAAGUGUUGUGCCAGUUCCUACCACCCCUGAAUUCCAGUCUCCUGUCACCACAGACCAGCCUGUUUCCCCUGAGCCGAUUCCUCAAGCCAGUUGCAGCAGGAGACAGAGAGCUGCUGGGAAGCAUGGUUCCCUCUCAGCUCCCAUUGUCCACAAGACUUGCUCUGCAUCGCCUGAACCUAAAUCCCCAUCCUCAAGGAACCAAAAACAGGGAGCAGUGAGAGCAGCUGAGUCCCUUACAACCAUUCCUGAGCCUGCCUUUCCCCAGCUGCUCGAGGCAUCCCAGAUCGAAAAGGUGGAAGCAGCAGAUAGAUCUGGGUUCACCCCAGAGCCCCAGCCUAAGGCCUCUCAAAGCCGCAAGAGGCCUUUAGCUACCGUGGAUUCACCUCCACUUCCAAAACGGUCCCAAAGAGGGGAAGUCUCCCAGAAGACCGCGUUCCUCAAGGAAGAGGAAGAUACUGCAGAGAGGCCAGGAAAAGAGGUGAGAAGAGGGCUGGGGCCACAAAGCUGGGAAAAAGGGCUCAGAAAUUCCCACCAAGAUCUUUCUCAAUUCCAGGAUGUAGUGAUUCCAGCACCAGGCAAGAGAAAGAGGGACCAGGUAGAGGAGGAGCCCAAGGGAAUAUCAAGCCGCAGUCUCCGACGGACUAAACCUAACCAAGAAUCGCCAGUCCCCAAAGUGCUCUUCACAGGAGUGGUGGAUGCUCGAGGAGAACGGGCAGUGCUGGCACUGGGGGGAAGUCUGGCCAGCUCAGUGGCAGAGGCUUCCCACCUGGUCACUGAUCGAAUCCGCCGGACAGUCAAGUUCCUGUGUGCCCUGGGGCGGGGGAUCCCCAUCCUCUCGCUGGACUGGCUGCAUCAGUCCCGCAAGGCUGGUUGCUUCUUGCCCCCGGAUGAAUAUGUGGUGAUCGAUCCUGAACAGGAGAAGAACUUUGGCUUCAGCCUUCGAGAUGCUCUGAGCCGGGCUCGGGAACGAAGGCUGCUGGAGGGCUAUGAGAUUCAUGUGACCCCUGGAGUCCAGCCACCCCCACCUCAGAUGGGAGAGAUCAUCAGCUGCUGUGGAGGCACUGUCCUCCCCAACAUGCCCCGGUCCUAUAAGCCUCGGAGAAUUGUGAUCACAUGCCCCCAGGACUUCCCUCGAUGCUCCAUUCCGUUGCGAGUUGGGCUGCCCCUCCUCUCACCUGAGUUCCUGCUGACAGGUGUGCUGAAGCAGGAAGCCAAGCCGCAGGCCUUUGUCCUCUCUACUUUGGAAAUGUCAUCCACCUGAAAACUCCAGCAACCUUUUCUCUCCCAGACCAAUAAAUAAAGUAUUAGAAAAUAUUUGGAAGAAAAAACUCAGGGCUUUAGAAAAGAUUGGGGUACACUAGUAUGACUCUAGGGAACAUGGGUGGGACCAGAAAGGUUUAUGGGUAAACAGAAAGAGAGAUUGGGA